UAAUUGUCACGGUGGAGUUGCUCUAAGGGAUAGGAAAGGUUGGGUUGUUUCCAACCGAUCGUCAAGAAGGUCUACUUAUAAGGAUGUUCUAGUGGAGCAAAACAAAAUCAUUCUAAGAGAGAGAUGGGAUGGAGGAGGUGGUUUCAGAAGGAUGUUCUGCCGUUCACGGCCAUGGUUACGGUGGAGUGCACAAACGUGGGAUUAAACGUCCUAUUCAAAGCAGCAACCUUAAAAGGUCUAAGCUACUAUGUUUUCAUCGUCUACUCCAACCUAGUUGCCACUCUUGUCCUCCUCCCUCUGCUUUUCUUGUUUCCAAAUCCCAGAACGGGGCUUCCUUCUUUCAACCUCUCUCUCCUCCUCAAAGUUUUCCUCCUCGGACUGAUCGGGUUUUUGGCUGAUUUAUGUGGAUAUAUAGGCAUAAAUUACAGUUCACCAACUCUUGAUUCAGCUAUGAGCAACCUCACACCGGCGUUUACUUUCAUUCUCGCCGUCUUCUUCAGGAUGGAGAGUUUAGCUCUGAGAAGUUACAGCACCCAAGCUAAAAUCAUGGGCACUUUAGUAUCAAUAUCAGGGGCAUUGGUAGUGGUUCUUUACAAGGGCCCUACGAUUUUAUCCACUCCAUCUGAUCCUAAUCCAUCUCCAAUGUUAAGCACACCACCAACAAAUUGGGUAAUUGGAGGCCUCCUAUGUGCUCUUCAGUAUCUUCUCUACUCAACUUGGUAUAUCCUUCAGACCCAUGUCAUGAAGGCAUAUCCAGCUGAGAUAGUUUUAGUCUUCUUAUACAACUUGUGUGGGACAAUUAUAUCAGCACCAGUAUGUUUUAUAGCAGAAACAAACUUGAGUGCCUGGAGGCUAAGGCCUGAUAUUGCAUUGGUCGCCAUUAUUUACUCGGGAUGCCUUGGUUCUUCCUUCGGUUCGCUUGUUCACACUUGGGCCCUGCACUUGAAGGGGCCUGUCUAUAUAUCGAUCUUCAAGCCGUUGUCUAUAGCCAUUGCUGCUGCUUUGAGUGUCAUUUUCCUUGGUGAUGCUCUCUCUCUCGGCAGUAUUGUUGGAGCUAUAAUUCUGUCCAUGGGGUUUUAUGCUGUAAUAUGGGGUAAAUCGAAGGAAGAACAAAUGAAACCAUUGCCUAUUGGUAUGGGAAAGGUCCCUCUGUUGGAAAGCUACAAAGUUGAAAAUAUGUAAAAUUAUGUGUACAAUGAACAUUUAGCUGAUUAAGGAUUGUUAAGUAUCACUGCUAGCAUUACGAUCUAGUGAUAUUUUUUUCACUUAGUAAGUGGAAGGUUUGGAGUUUGAGUCAAUUUGACUCUCAUAAAUUGCGAGUUCAAUAUAUAAUUAUCACUUAUAUAGCUUUA